AUGCAGCUUCAGGAUCCCAGUCUCCUGCAGGGAGUGACCCUUCUCCCCAGCAGCACCACAAAUCUUUCAACUCCCACCUUUGAGGUCUUCGACCCCGCAACAUCUACCCCAGUCGCCUGCCUCGUCGACCUCACCGCGAAAGACUGUACCACCGCGAUAGAAAAUGCUCUCCCGGCCCUCUCAUCCCUAAGAUCCAUUUCCCCACGCACGCGAUCCUCCCUCCUCCACCGCUGGCACGAGCUAGUGCUCGCCGCCCAAACCGACCUCGCCACAAUCAUCACCGCCGAGAACGUGAAACCCACGCGCGAAGCUCUAGACGAGGUCCAAUACGCCGCCGAGUUCCUGCACUGGUUCGCAGGCGAAGCCCAGCGCAUCAACGGCACCACCAUCGCAUCCUCCGCACCAAACACCCAAGCCACUACUAUCCAUCAACCCGUGGGCAUCGCCGCGAUCAUCACGCCCUGGAACUUCCCCGCCGCAAUGGUAACGCGUAAAGUCGGCGCCGCCAUCGCAGCAGGAUGCCCUUGUAUCCUGAAGCCCGCGGCCGAGACCCCGCUGACUGCAAUUGCACUGGCGGUUCUUGCGGCGCGCGCGGGCAUUCCGGAAUCCGCGCUCCAGGUGCUUCCUACGGCGGCGGGGACGGUGGAGAUAGGCACCGUGUUGACGACGCAUCCUGCUGUGCGCAAGUUCUCGUUUACGGGGUCGACGGCGGUGGGGAAGAUACUUGCGGCGCGGUGCGUGGGGACGAUGAAGAGGGUGAGUUUGGAGCUUGGUGGGAAUGCGCCGCUUAUUGUGUUCGACGAUGCGGACGUGGAUAAGGCUGUGGAGGGCAUUAUGGUGAGUAAAUUCCGUCUCUCCGGCCAGACCUGUGUCUGUGCGAAUCGUGUCUACGUGCAGGCUGGGAUUCAUGAUGCGCUGGUCGAGAAGCUCGUGGAGCGUGUGUGUGCGGACCUGAAGUUGGGGAGGGGGUCGCUGCCGGACACGACUCUGGGGCCGUUGAUUUCCGGCCAGGCUGCUGAAAAGGUGAAGCGGCAUCUUGUGGAUGCGAUGAAUCGUGGUGGGAGGGCUCUUACCGGCGGGAGGGUGGCGAGUGAAUUGGGACAGGCUUUCUUUGAGCCCACAGUGGUGGUGGACGUGGACCCUGGUUCGGUUUGUAUGAGCGAGGAGACCUUUGGGCCGCUGCUUCCAGUCGUCAAGUUCAAUACAGAGAGCGAGGUGGUUGAAAUGGCCAACCAGGCUGCUGUUGGGCUUGCUGGGUAUAUCUUUACGGGAGAUAUCGCCCGAGCUGCCCGGGUUAGCGAGGCACUUGAAGUCGGAAUGGUCGGUGUGAAUACAGGAAAGAUCAGUAACCCUGCAGUGCCCUUUGGAGGAGUCAAAGAGAGCGGGAUCGGACGUGAGGGCUCAUCACUUGGUAUCCAUGAAUACCUCGAGGUAAAGAGUAUUACGACAGACAUCAGCCCGUAG